AUGCGCUCUUCUACCUUCACCAGUCUUUUCCUGAUCUCGGCUGCCAGCGCGGCGCCAUUCUUCAACGAGCGCAGCCUCAACAGCACGAAAUGGCACCCUGGCCGUGUUCUCCAACCCCAUGAGGUUAUCCUCUACGGCGAGGAUCGCAUGGAAAUCGUUCACCGCGACACCUACGACCACAUGCUCAAGACCAUGGGCGUCCUCCCCCGCGCCCCGCCCCUUGACGAUGCCGACUUCCACAACCUCCCCAUCAACAACACCCUCCUGCCCCCCAUGAACAUCACCCACCCAAAGCUGGACGCGCGCGGCACCUCCUGCGACGCCACCGACUCCAUCGUCGCGGACAAGACCUUCGACUUCAUCGACUGGGACGUGCAGAUGUCCCCCGUCGUCACGGCGGACCUCACUUCCAUGGACAUCAACGUCAUGAAGGGGUACACGGUGACCAACAGCGUGGGCGUCAGCGCCGGGCUCGACGUGACCUGGAUCAAGGACAAGCUCAAGAACACGGUGGGGAUCAACUACAGCCGCUCGUGGGCGACGCAGACGACGGUCAACAUCAAGGGCACCGUCAGCCCCGGGUACAGCGGGUGCAUGAUCACGCGGCCGUUCAAGACGCGCCGCACGGGCAGGGCCUUUACCGGGUGCCCUGGCUCGCUGAAGGAGACGGGGACGUGGCAGGCGGACUCGUACAAGGAGGGCUCGUACGAUGGCAUCUCGUGGGUGUCUGGCACGAUUACGAUUUGCCAGAAGAAGGGAUCCAUUCCGCUGUCUCGUUGCGAGGGAGACGGUAACUUUAUCUGA